AUGUCAUAUAGAUGUGUAUCUAUGCCUAACAUGGCCGCGAUGUGUGAAAAUUCCUCAGCCAAAUUGACAGAUAUUGGAUGGCGAUCAACGCCAAAUCUGAAGUUUAACCGUACCAAUGAUAUACGAAGACCGGAAUCGUCGAAAAAUGUUGAUUCCAAAGGUUUUCUGGACCUCAGGCUCUGUGUAUCUGAGCCAAAUAUCCCCGUACAUCCAAAAUUAGCUGGCGAGACAGCUGCAGAUAUUGGGUGGCGAUCAACGCCAAAUCUGAAGUUUCAGCAGGUCACCAGCGAUGUACGGAAACUGGAAUCGUCGAAAAAUUUUGAUUCCAAAGGUUUUCUGGACGUCAGGCUCUGUGUAUCUGAGCCAAAUAUCCCAGUAUAUCCAAAAUUAGCUGGCGAGACAGCUGCAGAUAUUGGGUGGCGAUCAACGCCAAAUCUAAAGUUUCAGCAGGUCACCAGCGAUGUACGGAAACAGGAAAGUCCGAGACACACACGUCCUCGUCGUUCAUUUUGGCGCCAGACAAAGAAAUUUGUCAGGCGGUUCCUUUGUUGUUGUGGUUCUGUUGACAAGAUAGACCAGUAA